AUGGAGAAAACCGCGAGGAAUCUUUCGCGUCGUAACGGACGCAACAGAAAAACCAAUCACACCUUUUCAAAUGUAGUGUUUACAAUUAAUAGCAAAAAUUCAGUCUGCGAAGAAGAGGACACGAUGGCAGUCGUGACAGUGGAACAAGGUAUGGUGGAAGGUGUCUUUUGUAAUAUCGAUGAAACAAAUUACUACGCCUUCAAAGGUAUUCCAUACGCAAAGCCACCGAUUGGAAAGUUGAGAUUCAAGGCCCCAGAGCCGCCGGAGCCUUGGGAAGGAAUUCAUAAUGCUUCAGAGCACGGACCCGUUUGCCCACAAUACAACGAUCGCCUGAACAAAAUAGAACCAGGCAGCGAGGACUGUUUAUAUCUCAAUGUAUACACUCGGAAACUCAAAACCAAUAGUCCCUGUCCGGUUCUUGUGUGGAUCCAUGGCGGAGGUUUCUACACAGGAUCGGGGAAUUCAGACUAUUUUGGUCCAGAAUUUUUUAUGGAACACGAUGUCGUUUUGGUGACUAUGAAUUACCGUUUAGGAGUGUUUGGUUUUCUCUGUCUCGGUAACGAAGAGGUCCCCGGUAACGCAGGACUUAAAGAUCAAGUAGCGGCGUUGAGGUGGGUUAAAAGAAACAUACGCUCGUUCGGAGGAGAUCCCGACAACAUAACUAUAUUUGGAUGCAGCGCUGGAGGUGCUUCGACGUCCUAUCACAUGAUUUCGGAUAUGAGCGCGGGUCUCUUCAAUAAAGCCAUUUGUCAAAGCGGCGUAUGUCUAAACGAAUGGAGUUAUAAUUUGCAUGCUCGCGAAAGGGCGCUACAGUUAGGCAAAGUACUCGGUAAGACAACGGACGAUGUAAAUGAACUAUUGGACUUUUUAAGGGAUGUCCCCGCGGAGUUGCUGGUUGAUGUCAAAUUACCAGAAGUUGAGACUGAAUAUCCAGACAUAUGUGACUCUCUUACCUUCGCACCGGUAGUUGAAGAUCCACACAUAAGAGGAGAGAAAUUUAUCAGCGAACCUCCGCCAAAUUUGGUUAAAAAGGGACACAUAGCUAAAAUACCAUUAAUGUUAGGAUAUACCUCUGCAGACGGUAUAGAAAUAUGUCGCAGUUUUCCAAAAUCUCUAUCAUUCUUUUCAAAGACGGGAGCAGUUGUACCUAGGGAGAUAAAAUUAAAAUUGCACAAGAAGCACUUGAAAGAAAUGGACGAAAAGAUUCGUUUAAAAUACUUCGGUAGUAAAACACUUACAGAGGAUAUGCUCGAACAAAUGGUACACUUAGAAACUCACAUUAUUUUUGCAUAUAACACAAGAAGGUUCGCGCGAUAUCAUUUCGAAAACUCGGCCAUGCCAAUUUAUUAUUACAAAUUUAUGGCUGAAACCGAAAGGAAUUAUGUUAAGAAAAAGUACAACAUGGAAAGGAUACCUGGAGUGUGUCACGGAGAUGACCAAAAUUAUCUAUUUAAUGUAAAAUGUAUAGAUAUACCUUUAACUGAAGAUUCGAAUACUGUCAUAAAACAAAUUGUUCAACUCUGGACAAAUUUUGCAUGUUAUGGAAACCCCACCAAAAAUUGCAGAGAUGUAGAAUGGAAACCGUUUAAAGAGGACGAGAAAUACUGCUUUUUGAUUGAUAGAGAAUCUAGUUGUGCCCUCAACGUUGAAGAAGAACACAUGAUGUUUUGGGACGAAAUAUACGGUGAAGAGCAUGUAAAAGUUGAGGCGUAA